AGCUCAUUUUCUUCCAUUUCAAACUUUGCCAAGGAAAACAAACACGCAUAUUCAUAGUUUAUAUGUGUGUCGCUGUACCCUCCAAUUAAACAUACAUAUAAUAUAGUUUGUAGGUCUGUAUGCUUGAGCGUUUUCUUGUGCUUUAGCUGGGGUCAUGAGCGGAAUCAUGUCCGAUAAUCCUACCGAUUGGUCCCAGUUCUAUCAACAAAACCUUUCUAACCAGGUCUUACCCCCUAUUCGACCCAUGUUCAGGGAUCGAGUCGCGGAUUCCACUACUGUCACCACCACCACCAUCAAUACGUCUAGUGUCCCGAACCCCAUGGGUUCGAGCAAUUCCAGCUCAAGUGCUGGUAGUCAUUUGAGUCCCGAAGGUCGUGUCGCCAAGCCUAUUCGUAAGAGGUCUAGGGCUUCAAGAAGAACCCCUACAACAUUACUCAACACAGACACCGCAAAUUUCCGAGCCAUGGUGCAACAAUUCACUGGCGGUCCUAGUGCACCAUUUGCAUCAGGGUCACAAAUUAAUGCAACAAAUUUUGGUUUUGCAUUAGGUGCUUAUCGUCAAGCUCAUCAUGUUAAUCAACCUAGUCCAGCCAUGAUGCCUCCUGCAGGGUAUAAUUUGCAGUAUCAGCAGCAGCAGCAGCAAUUUCAGCAGCAAGGCCAGCAUCCAUCAUCAUACAUGUUUUCAUUGAGCAACAGUAAUAUUGGCACUAGCACCACCACCACCACCCCUGGUGAUAUGUUUUUCCAGAGACUUGGAAACCCUAGACCUACUACGAGUAUGGAAGUUUCUGAUCAUGGGUUUGGCACAACAGAAGGAGCUGUCAUUUCUUCCCUGGUGGCUCCUCCUUCUAGGCCUCCACCUUCCAGCUCCAAUGAGAAUAAAAGCAAUACUUUCUUAUUCUGAGAGGGACAUAAAGAUAAAAGUUAGGCACUGACUUGUCAUGUGAGACAACCAUUGACCAACGUAAAUACCAUGUUACUAGCUCACACUUUAAUUAUAGCAAUAUUACCUUUUAUUUCCUUUCAUAUUUGUUUUUUCAUCUUUUCUAGGUUCUAAAAUGUGGCAAUUAUUAUUCUAUCCAAGGCCGCCACGUGCUUUGUUUCUAA